GGGUGUGGUCCCUCCCCCCUGCUGCCCUCUGUCGCCUCUGCCGCUGCGGCCGACCUCGUUGGUUUUGAGUCGGUCGGCGCGGCGUCUGCCCCCAGUGGCAGACGCCGCACUGGCAAGGGCAAGGGGGGCAAGGGAGCGGGUGGAGCCAGAGGGGGCGGUGGAGGAGGCGGUGGGGGUGGGGGGGGGAGUGGGGGUGGCGGGGGGGGUGGUGGCGGGAGUGGAGGUACUAGUGGCGGCGGUGGAGGCGGAGGUGGCGGCGGAGGUGGUAGCGGAGGAGGCGGUGGGAGCGGUGGGAGCGACGGUCCUGGUGGGGGAGGUGGCGGUGGCGACGGGGGUGGCGGUGGAGGCGGGGGUGGCGGUGGAGAGGGGGUCGGAGUGGCUCGUCCCAGCGGAGCAGCUCUGGGGGUGGUCAGCGCCAGCAGCAGCAGCAGCAGCAGCCGCAGCAGCAGCCGCAGCAGCAGCAGCGCUCUCGCACCGUCCCCGGCCCUCAGCAGCUCCGUGA